AUGGUCUUGAGUUUACCCAGCCCCUCCAAACUCCAAACGAGUCAAGGCAUCUCCAUCGACCAGCGCGCCAUCUCAUCUCUUUCUCCCCCCAACCCCAAAAAGCGCCGUGCUUCGCCCCAGAUAAGCACUGCGACAACCAUGUCAACAUCUGGGACUACCGCCGCUGCGGGCGAGGCCGCGCUUGAACCUGGGCCAGGAGUGCCAGAAGCUCCCCCCAGGAAAAAGGGAAGGACCAACACUCCGUGGACUGCGGAGGAAGAGCAGCGACUAAAGACAAUGCGCGAUGCUGGUCGCAGCUGGAGUGAGAUUGCUAAGACAUUUCCUUUUCGAACCGAAGGGAGUGUUAAGAAGCACUGGUAUAAGGUAGCGUUUCAGCCAUUAUCCUGGAUUGCGUUAUUUUCCAAUGACUGA